AUGUCCCCUCGCUUGAAAGAAAAGCGCCCAUGCCUACAUCGGGCCGUGAAGAAAAAACCGGCGAAAGCAAUGGAUUUGAGGAGACCCAAAGACACAAAGCGCAUGUCUUCAGGAUGCCUCACAAAACUGCACAAGACCUACAAAGGUCUUGAGGACAUCCACCUCCCACUCUUCAAAGAGGUUCAGAAGAUUGCAAAAGCUAAGUGUGUCUUGUACCCUGGGAGUCAUUGGCACUUGCAAGCAUCCUUAGUUUUUCCCAAUGUGACGUAUAUUGAUUACAACAAGGCAGUCGCACCAUUCUUCCAAGAUGCAGCUGUGCAAAAUUGGAUUUCAGAGAAUAAGAACUAUGGAGGUUCUGCAAAAAUGCAAUUUUACCACACAGAUUUUGACCACCUUAAACUCUCUGGUGGCUACGACCUGCUUAUCUCUAUGAGCGCAGGCAUUGUCUCCAAGCCUUGUGCUCGCUUUCUGCGCAUUGGUGGCCAUUUCUUGGUGUCAGAUGCUCACUUUGAUGCUCGUACCGUGGCGUUGGACAAGCGCUUCAGUCUUGUUGGAGUCUACGACAUGACAAGGGAGAAGUUGGUCACCUCCAAAGAUCAACUGAACCUUUGCUUUAUGACCACGACAGGGCAAAAGAUCUCCGCCGAGCAAGUAGAGAUCAGCAAAAAGAAGCCCAAGGGAAGCAGAGGUUUCAAGCUGAAGCGCGAAGAUUGGUUUUAUCUGUUCAGGCGCAUUAGCUGA